CGCCAGUGCGGUAAGGCUGGCCCGAGAGUUUGCGCUUUAAAUCUUGCCGCGACCACACAGAGCAAAACAUUUCUUUUAAGAAAAAAUGCAGAGAGGAGACCAUGGGAGAAAAUAAGUGAGAAAAUCCCUGGGAAACUACUGACACGGGGAAACUCCUCUCUCUCGAAAGGAGAGAGAGAGACAAUAAAAAGCGGAGAAAGAAGCAAAAUUGUGUCCAUUCUGCAAUUGCUCGGGCACAAUGGCACCAUGACUGAAGACAACUUCUCACAGUUCAACUGGGAGUUGACCCAAUCGCUCAAUGGUAGCAGCUCGGAGGCUGACCCCGACCCUGGCUCGGGUUUGCCCUUUCUGUACGCUGUGCCCGCCGUCUACGGGCUCAUCAUCGUGAUCGGGCUGGUCGGCAACGUGACCCUCAUCAAGAUCUUCUGCACGGUGAAGUCCAUGAGAAACGUGCCGAACAUCUUCAUCACCAGCCUGGCGCUGGGAGACCUGCUCCUGCUGCUGACCUGCGCUCCCGUGGACGCCAGCAAGUACGUGGCCACCGAGUGGCUCUUCGGCCGGGUGGGCUGCAAGUUGAUCCCCUUCAUCCAGCUCACCUCGGUGGGGGUGUCAGUGUUCACCCUGACGGCGCUCAGUGCAGACAGGUAUAAAGCUAUAGUCAGACCCAUGGACAUCCAGACGACCAAUGCCCUAAUGAAAAUCUGUGUGAAAGCAGCCCUCAUCUGGGUGUUUUCCAUGCUACUGGCUAUUCCUGAUGCAGUAUUUUCUGAUCUGCACUCCUUUUACGACCCACAUAUCAAUAAAACAUUUAAGGCAUGUGCCCCAUACCCACAUGGUGAUGAGCUGCACCCUAAAAUCCACUCCACAGCAUCCUUUCUGAUUCUCUACGUCAUCCCACUCUUCAUCAUAUCCGUGUAUUAUUUCCAUAUCGCCAAAAACUUGAUCAGGAGUGCUUACAACAUUCCAGCAGAGGGCAAUCAGCAUAUUUUGAGACAGAUGGAAUCCAGGAAAAGACUUGCAAAGACAGUGCUGGUGUUUGUAGGUUUCUUCGCUGUGAGCUGGCUCCCCAGUCACAUCAUUUAUCUAUACCGUUCCUACCAUUACAGGCAGGUAGACACCUCCUUAGCGCACUUGGUUGGCAGCAUCUGUGCCAGGAUUCUUGCCUUCAGCAACUCCUGUGUUAACCCCUUCGCCCUCUACCUGCUGAGCAAGACCUUCCGAAAGCAAUUCAACAACAACCUGUUCUGUUGCAGGAGCCACCUCCUCAUACGUUCGACCAGCAUGGGCAGGAGUACCACAGCUUCACGGAUGACAUCACUCAAAAGCACAAACCAUUCGUUGGCAAGCUUCAGCCUCAUCAAUGGGAACUUUGUUCAGCAGGAAGAUUACGUAUAGGAGCACCGCUUGGCGCCAUGAGACAAUGUACAUUCAGCACUUUUUUCAGCAAUCACAAUCAUGCCCAGGAGUCUCAGUCUCAGAGUAAGGAAUGUAAAUGAGAAUGAUGCAUCUGCAGGCUAGUGAGAGAAAUUCACAGUUCAGGGAGCAAGGGUGUAAGCUGUGCUUUUGUCAAAUAAAUACGAGGUUCAGAUUAAAAAGUGUCUUUUAAGGUGUGGGAAACAAUCUUGAUAUGCAGCAGACCCUCUUUAUUUAGCAGGGCAGGCAUCAGGGAUGUUAAUGGUGUACCAAAGAUAUGCCACAAAAGGUUGUGGUUUGUCAGACAAGCUCUCAGGGCAGCUUGUGGUAGGCAAUAAACAAAAGCUGUAUGAUGAGAGGUCUGCUUACAGAUGGAGAAUUUUGUUAUUCUACCAGAGAGUCGGCUAUAAAUAAUGUGUGUUAUAUCGAAGAUUAAAUCGUGGGUUAGAGAGGUGCAUUGUAUCUAAUACUGUGGUAUAUAAGGUACCUGUAAUUAAACUGGAGGAUGUGAUAGCACAGUACUUUGUGAGAUCACCAACUGCUAAUACAACUGCGUAAUGGGAUGUAGAUUAGCACUCAUAGUCCUACAUCGAGUUUCUAAACCAAAUUGGUAGAAGUCAAAUGUUGCCCUAAAUAAGGACGACAUCAAUGAUCAUGAUGAACUGUGGGUUGAUGUUUUCCCAAGACAAAGGGGAAGAAAAGUGAAAAUAAAUUAAACAGGAGAGGCUUUUAUUUUCAUCAAAAAAUCAAUUUCCAGAUCUUGAUCAAAAUCUAACUAUUCCUUGAAAGUGACAUUGGAUGGACCCUUAGUAAUGAAAGGCUUGGAGUCAACUGGGAUGGACACCAUCAUAUAGCUCUCUGAAGCUAAGUGUUCAGGUGGAUGUAUCGAAAAUGGCAAUUGUUGAGGUAACAAUUGGUCGUAUAAUGAUAGCCUAACAAGUCUUUCAGGGUUCAAGGAUAGAAUACCAGGAGGAAAGUUAAAAAGAAAUAAGGUUGAGUCUUUCAGAAACAGUUUGUCUUUCUUUCAAGGUUGCACUAUACCUGACAGAAGUGUUCAAACAGGAGUUGUGACUUAUUAUGUAGCACCAUAGUAAGGAGUUCCUACGUUUCCAAAAGUGCCAUUUUAGUAACAAAGACCAUUUUUAAGUGAAUUAGCUUUCAGCUGUGAUUUUGCACUCAGUUAAAAAAAAGUAAGUUAAGCUUCUUAGGAUUUAUUGGGAUAAGCCUUUUAGAGUGAUAUUGAGUUGGUAAGACUCAGCAUCAUGGAUGGUGAAGAAAAAAGGCUGUUAUAUGAAACUGCUGGAUUUUCUAGUUGAUCUCACACUGCAGGUAUUUUUCCCUUCCAAUGUGAAACCACGCUAGAAUAUUUAAAUAUUCUGCCAAUGGUAAUGUGCUAUUUUUAAAUAUCUGUUAUGAAGAUUUCCCAACGUAAGGAUAGAAAAUCAAGCUGGUGAUUAAACCUUAAAAUAAAUUUGUGCAAAAAAAUCACAGGGAUAAAAUUUCAGGUUAGGCAUGUUUGGAACUGGGACCUUCAAUAAAGUAUCUCUGUUCAGCAUAGAAAUACUGAUGUAUCCAACAUACCACCAAGUGGCUAAUAAUUCCAGCACCAGACUGAACCAGACCAGACCUGGAAUUCCAGAAUGGUUAGUUGAUCUGGGCACCAAUGGAAGAAAGUUCCGAUGUGGUGCUGUGCGUGCCAAGCAUGGAGGUGAAAUCUAGAAUGUGAUGACAUCCUCAUAGCCCAGUGGAAAGUCCAACAAUAGAUUGUCACCAAGUUUUGGGACGCCCUGUUUUGACCAAAUGUUGACUUCAGUCCUGUCUACACAACCCUAUAACCCUCAAGUUACAGCACAGGUUGAGCUGUCAUGCUUGAAUCUGGAGAUCAUCCUCAUUUACUUGAGGCAGAUUCAUAUCUUCGCAGAACUUCCACAAAGAAGGAGAAACAUUUGCUACUUUUCCAUGGCAGUCAUUCAGGGAUUAUGACAGUUUCUAGCACAUACAGUGGUAUCUGAAUAAAUAGGCUGCCUGCUUUUUUGCUUGAAAAGUAUGGAAUCACUUCUCAGUCUUUUCAAUUUACAUAGACUGACAUUUUGAAUGAAGUCACUUUUGAAAUAAGUUACACAGACUGUUGACAAUGGCCCUACAUUUGUAUUUAAUUUGAUAAUAUUUUUCCCUUCAGUUAGGCAGAACAUCAAAUUACACAGAAAAUCAAGAUUGUUUUAAAAUGUAGUUGGUUGCCGGGAGAGAUGUUUUGUCAGUCCAUUUCCUGCUACUCAAUGCACUUUCAUCAAUGCUGAAUAUGGCUGUACAUUUCUUUAUGAGAAGCAGAUAAGAAAUUACUUGUACGUGGGAAACAAAAGCACCCAUUAAAUACUGGUGGACAUGGAUAUCAAAGAACAUUUACAGCUUGUUGUUAAUAACUUUGAGAUUAAUGAGAUAGAAAGGUUCAAUAUUAGAGAAGGCAGUUACGGGAAUCAGCAAAGAACACUCAGAAAUAGUUAAAGGUAAUCAACACUAAUCGUUUUCCUGAAGGGUUUACACGUGGAAAAUGAGGAAGAUGUCUGUAGCUCCAUGGAAACUUUACAUCAGCAUUGAACAUACACACAAACACAAAUCCUAUGUAUAUUUUGAUAUGUUGGACGCUAUAAAUGUAUAACUCAGAUAUGCCAUGCCUAAGUGAUACGUUCAAAAGCAAACGUAUUGUCCAGAUCAUAUCAUCAAGAAACGAGCAUUUUCAGAUUAUCUUUCUGACAUGUUAGUACUCUAGUGUUAUAAAGGCCAAAAAAUGCUUAUAAUCCUACCAAAUGCAAAAAAAAACGUUGAAGACGUAAUAUUUCACUGCUUUCUCAUGUUCAAGUGAUGGACCUAAAUUUUCAAAUUGGAGCAGCUGAGCUACACUAUGAAUGAGUGCAAGCUUGGGAAUUUUCAAUCAUAGAGGCGUGAGGUGGCUCACGUCAAAACAAUGAAUAUUAAGGUACCCCACAGUGCUCAUUCAAGGUGAAAAAUAUCAAAAUAGCUUUACUUUGUAACAAUUCCCACAUCACGCAGAAGAAUGUACAACAGGAAGAAUGAGAGUGCUCCUGAGAUGCUGCUUGGCCUGCUGUGUUCAUCCAGCCUCACAUUUUAUUGUCUAGGAAGAAUGAGAGUGCCUUGUUUAAUCCCUUUGUGACAAACAACUUCACAGCUUUCAUGCAUGCUUUUGUACUUUGUGAGUUCUGCAGUUUCUCUGUCAUUUGGGGAAUAAAUUGCAUGUUGUUCCACUGCAGCUUGUGCUGCUCUAAAACAUUUUGAAAACUUCAUACCUGAAAGGGGAAAAAAAAGUAUCUUGAUAAUCUUCUUCACUGCAAAGUAACAAUCGAUUCUAUAUUUUGUAAAUUGGCACUUUUUUCCUUCAAUGAACCUGAUACUUUUGUGAAAUGCUAUGUGCUAAUAAUGGGAUACUGUCUUUUGUCUAUGGAAUUCUAUGUGUUGUCAUUUUUUAUUUCAGUCUUAAAGUACCAUUCUAAGUCUGAUCAUUGUUUAUUGUUAAUCUCAUUUGUACAAAUAAAUGCAUGCUCAGUUACGCUUUUUUACAUGUUAAAUUUGCCAGCCAGUAAAUAAUGACAAUCUAUGUGCCUGAUGCAUAUGACUAUUGUGAUAAUAUGUAAAUAAGUUGUAUAUAUUUGACUGAAGUGAGUUCAGGUGAAGAUGUGUUCUUGCAAAUUGUGAUAAUCAAAGUUUGCACUGUUGGUUUUGCUGGACCUAAGAAUCACUAAUAACCAAACUAUAAUUCUAACGUGUUCAGUCUCAAUUUCUAAGUGUCACGGUUACAUGAGAUUGUACGAAUAAUUGCGAAUUUCACAACUCUUAGUAAGCAUGAGAGUUUCAUGUAUUUGUUGUGUUCUAAAAUAGAAAAUAUAAGUCAAGGUUGUAAAAGAAACCCUUUUCUUUGAGAAGUCAACUGGGACAUUUUGGAUAGCAUAUCAGAUUUUACAGUCCUUUUCUUAAAUUAUAUUUUUUCCUGUUAGCCUCCAAAUUUUCUGCAUUCUCCUCACCAUCACCCCCAUCUCCUGACUUCAUCCACCAAAGACAGCAGUGCCUUGAACAUCUCAACUGUACACUCUAAAAUUGUCUCUCUAAACCUUUCCAUUCCCUUUGUAAAAUCUUGCUUAAAGUGAGCCACUUAGCCAAGCUUUUGGUCACUCUAAUUAAUACCUGUUUCUUUGGACUGGUUUUAAAUUUUUUGAAUAUGCUCCUGUAAAGCUUCUUGGGGUAUUUCCUCUGGUUAAUGGCACUGGAUACUUGCAAAUUGUUGUGGUCUUUAAAAAUAGCAAUAGUGUUACUAUUUAACGCUGGCAUUAAAAUUGUCAACUUCACAAAAGAUAUACAUUAUAAUGUUUAAUGCAGGAAAUAAAUAUGUCCACUUCGACAGUAGGGAUUGUUGUUCCUUCCAUAUGACUAAGGUAGACUUUUUCACCGCAGUGGAGAAAGGUUCGAGUGCCUGAAGAAGGGUCACUGGACUUUACACUGCCAGUCCUUCUUGUGCUUCUCCAGCAAUUUUCGGUUUUGUUUCCAACUUCCAGCAUUCACAGUUUUUAGGUCUUUUGGAAUGUCUAUACCUCACUUUCAGUGUAUUGGUGUUGAUGGGUAGUUCCUGUAGCUGAUAAAUGGUCCCAUCCUUCAGAACUGAUCCUUUUUUCACAACACAGGCAAGCCCAUUAACAGAGAAUCCACUUCCAAAUCUGCUUUAUAGAAAUAAGUUAGUUUACAAUAACUUCCAUCAAGUUACUUUGAAAAUGCCCAAAUCUUCAUCAUAGGUGGAACAGUCCACAAGCAGUCUUGUUUAUGCACUAUCUUUUGGAAACAUCAGUAUUAGAAUCUGGAUGUAAUUUCAGUCAUAGCAGUGAUAGUGACCAGUUUUUCUCUGUGAUUAAAGAGAAAGCCUACUUGCACUCUUGACAAAAUAUGUAGCUUUGGAACAUUUUCUGAAAAAUUGCCGCAACAAAGAACCAUUUUUCAAUUCCAGCCAGAAAUGUCAUCCUCCCAUAUCUUUAUCUGUACAAGAUAGACAGGUUUAUAAAAUGAAUGGGUUUAUAUGCCAGUUUUAAUUUUGUACCAAGUAGGCUCUCACAUUAAAAUGAUCCAGAAAAGGUUAACCAUUAGCCAUGGUCACAGGAAGGCAAGACCUUGUUCAUAAUAUCUCCAACUGUUUAUUCUCAUUAUUUGCUUCACUGAUCUUUUAUCAGAAAGUGGCAAAUGUGACAAAUGCAAUGUGAUUGUAUUCUCUGUAAACAGUCUUAUUCUGCAGCAAGGUUUUGAUGAGCAGACAGAAAAUUCAUUUAGUUUUAAGAAAUGCAAUAAUAUUAUAUUGCUUUGAAAUUCAAAGAAUGUCACACCUGUGUUUAAACAAAGACAGGCCUACCAAAGUAGCCAAUGUUCAAACAUUAUGGGUGACACUGAAAUUAUUUUAUCCUAAGUGUUGAUGGCUAAUAGUCUUUUAUUUAUUUGUUCCCUCAAGGGAUGUGGGCAUCUGUAGCUAAGCCAGUACUUAUUGCCCAUCUCUAAUUGCCCAGAAGGCAGUUAAGAGUGAAUCACAUUGCUUUGGGUCUGGAGUCACAUGUAGCCAGACCAGGUAAGGAUGGCAGAUUUCCUUCCCUAAAGUAUAUUAGUGAACCAGGUAGAUUUUUCCAAUAAUCGACAGUGGCUUCAUGACCAUCAUUAAAUUUUAUCAUCAUUAGUGAGUUCAAAUUCCACUAUUUGCCAUAGUGAGCUCGAACAAAGUCCCCAAAACAUGAGAUAAUGGGAAUUGCAGAUGCUGAAGAAUCCAAGAUAACAAAGUGUAGAGCUGGAUGAACACAA